AUGGACAACAACAACUACCAUUCUCUGCCUCCCUAUCAAUACAGCACGUAUGGUUACCCCCAUGUUCCACCCCCUCCAAAUCAAAAAAACCCGGGUUCAUACCCCGGUCAUCCUCCUCCUGGCUCUGUCCCGUACCCUUAUCCACAGUACUCUCAUUAUCCGCCUCCUCCAUUUUACAACACUUCAGGUUCCGGCCCUUUGAAUUAUCCAUAUUCAGGUCCAAUGCCACUAUCUGCACCUCCUGCUACAUCUGGACCUUUAGAGAAUAGUUACCACCCUCACUCACCAGUUUCAUGGAUACCCACCUCCUCCACCAACAACUCCAGGCCAUUGCAGCCUCCAGAUAAUCAAGCCAAUGUGCCGCCUAGAAUUAGUGGUGAGUACUCCAGUUACUACCAUUACCAAGAUAGUUCAUCAUCCGUGAGUGGUCCUACGGGAAAUUCUGAUCACAUCAAUGAUGGUUAUAGAACUCGCCCUCCAGUUUAUCCAUCUAUCGAUGGUCUCAUGGAAAAUGUUCAUUUGUCUAAUAAUUGCAUUAAACCAUCUGCUCCUGCCUCCCCUCCUUCUCCGUCAGCCUCAUUGCCUAGUUCCCCUCCAAACUAUCACUCUGGACCCUUGCCAAUGACUAAUAACUAUAAUAGUGUGGGGGCUAUAUAUGGACAUCUUAAUUCCUCUUCUCGCUGGGAGACUUCUUCUACAGGUCAGAUGGAGCACCCUUCUGUUCCUGCCUCAUCAAAUUCGGCCACUAAUGCGGAGACAUCACAUGCUCAGAAUAUGCAGAUUAUGGCAGCUCCAUCUCCUAAAGGGUCUUUGAAAGUGUUGCUCUUACAUGGGAAUAUGGAUAUUUGGGUAUAUGAAGCAAGAAAUCUUCCUAACAUGGAUAUGUUCCAUAAAACUAUAGGAGAUAUGUUCAACAACCUCAAGAACACAAGUGAUCCAUAUGUCUCCAUCACAGUAACAGGUGCUACAAUUGGAAGGACUUUUGUGAUAAGAAAUAAUGAGAAUCCUGUUUGGACGCAACAUUUUAAUCUUCCAGUUGCUCACUAUGCUGCCGAAGUGCACUUUGUAGUGAAAGAUAAUGAUGUUGUGGGAUCACAGUUUAUAGGGACAGUGACUGUUCCAGUGGAACAUUUAUAUGGGGGAGCAAAAAUUGAGGGGUUCUUUCCAAUCCUUAGCACAAGUGGGAAGCCCUGCAAGGCUGGGGCUAUUUUGUAUAUCUCCAUUCAAUAUACCCCAAUAGAGAAUUUAAGCAUCUACCAUCAUGGAAUUGGAGCUGGUCCUGAUUAUCGUGGAGUUCCUGGGACAUACUUUCCUCUUAGGAGAGGUGGAAUGGUUACUCUUUAUCAAGAUGCUCACGUUCCUGAUGGAUGUCUCCCAAUUCUAAAACUUGAGAACGGGAUGCAGUAUGAGCAUGAAAAAUGUUGGCAUGACAUAUUUGAUGCUAUACGUCAGGCCCGCCGUUUGAUAUAUAUUACUGGGUGGUCAGUGUGGCACAAAGUUAGGCUGGUUAGGGAUGAUAAUUCUGUGUCAUGUAGCACUCUGGGGGAGCUUCUGAGAUCAAAGUCACAGGAAGGAGUGAGAGUUUUGCUGCUUGUAUGGGAUGACCCUACAUCAGGAAGCAUACUGGGCUACAGAACGGAUGGAGUCAUGCAAACUCAUGAUGAAGAAACUCGCCGUUUCUUUAAAAACUCUUCUGUGCAAGUGUUGCUGUGUCCUCGAGUGGCGGGGAAGCGUUACAGUUGGGUGAAGCAGAGGGAAGUUGGAGUAAUUUAUACGCAUCAUCAGAAGACUGUGAUAGUGGAUGCUGAUGCCCGAAAUAAUCGAAGAAGAAUCACUGCAUUUCUUGGAGGACUGGACUUGUGUAAUGGGCAAUAUGAUACUCCUCAGCAUCAUAUAUUUAGGACACUGAAAACUUGGCACACUGAUGACUAUCAUAACCCCACUUAUGCAGGUAGUGUUACUGGUGGUCCAAGAGAACCAUGGCAUGACUUGCACUGUAAAAUUGACGGUCCAGCAGCAUAUGAUGUUCUGACCAAUUUCGAAGAGUGGAUACCAGAUGUAUUGGGGCUAUCUGAUGCUCCUUGUGUUAGUGAUGAUGAUCCUCAAAGUUGGCAUAUUCAGGUGUUUCAUUCAAUUGAUUCAAACUCAGUCAGAGGCUUCCCAAAGGAUCCUAAAGAAGCUACAAUGAGGAACCUGGUAUGUGGGAAGAACGUACUUAUAGAUAUGAGCAUACACACAGCAUAUGUAGAGGCCAUUCGUGCUGCUCAACAUUUUAUUUAUGUUGAAAAUCAGUACUUCAUUGGAUCCUCAUACAACUGGAGUUCAUAUAAGGAUGUUGGUGCAAAUAAUUUGAUUCCGAUAGAAAUUGCCCUCAAGAUUGCCAACAAAAUAAGAGCACACGAGAGAUUUGCAGCAUAUAUUGUCAUUCCAAUGUGGGCAGAGGGUAAUCCAACAGGUGCUGCUACUCAAAGGAUUUUGUUUUGGCAGCAUAAAACCAUGCAAAUGAUGUUUGAGACUAUCUACAAGGCUCUGAUGGAGGUUGGACUCGAGGAUGCGUACUCACCACAAGAUUACUUGAACUUCUACUGUCUUGGCAAUCGUGAGGCUCUUGACACGGAUUAUCCCUCUGAGCAUCAAAGUGCGGCUAACACUCCUCAAGUAAUCAUUUGA